AAUUGAAAACACAAGUUUGGUAAGAUUUCUUUGGAAAUUCGCGGAAAAGUCAAAAUGUCUCAUCUUCUAAAGUCUCCCAUUGAGCUUUUAAGAUUGUUUUGUGAUGCGCAAAAGUGCUCAACGCCGAAAUAUCAAGAUAUUUCUCACAUAUCCAAUGACGCCAACUUUAUAUAUUCAGUGGAGGCUUGUGGCAAGAGAUCCACAGGCUGUGGAUUCACAAGGGAGCACGCGAAAAAUGCUGCUGCGCAGAAACUCCUGAAGAUCAUUCCGAUUAAGCAGGAACCGCACGAAGAGCCCAAGAAAGCACAAGAAAAUGCGCAGCCUUUCUUUAAUUACGUGGGCAAAUUGAUGGAGAAAUGCGUGAAGGAAAGGCUUCCAAAGCCAGUGUUUGGCUGCUGCAAAGAUCCUCACGGAUUCCAGGUUAAGUGCGAUGUGAUGAGAUUGAGUGCUGUCGGAAGGGGUUCUACAAAGAAGGAGGCCAAGCAUGCGGCAGCGAAGGAAAUGCUAAACAUCCUAUCUUCUACGGCUCCUGCGCAACCUAAUAAGAGUGGCCAGAAAGGCUCUUUCAGCUCAUCUGUCGUCCAGCAGAAUUUCUUCCUGAAUAUAGAUCCGGAUCGCAUUGAGGCAGCGAAGAAGCUUCUGACUGAGGCUCCCGAAGGGAACAAUAAGAAGCAGCUGGCGCAGGACAUUUGCCAGCUCCUGGGAGUUCCAUUUGUGACCUACACAAUUUCUAUCGACGACAAGACUGUUGAGGUCUUCGAACUGGCUGUAAAUAUGGUUCUCAUCCAGCGAGGCGCUGCUGGAGAGACCUUUGAAGGACCUCUGAAGACCCUGAAGGACAUUCUCAAUGCUUGAGCUUAUGAUUUUAUUAUUACAAGGAUUACAAAAGUCUUUUUGAAC